AUUUUAGAUCGUAUAACCCGCGUGUGCCGCUCUUAGCUGGUAUAGUGUCCCGUUCGCAAUGCUACCGGGAAUCGGGAUGUUUGGUACCGGUGAGAUCACCCGCGUGCUGGUACCGAUCCUUCGAGAUAAGGGUUUCAACAUUGCAGCUAUCUGGGGUCGCACCCUGCGAGAGGCCGAGGAAGCUGCCUUGGAGCUACAGAUUCCCUUCUUUACCAGCAAGAUCGAUGACGUGCUGCUGCGGAAGGACGUCGAUAUGGUGUUUAUCACCUGUCCGCCGUACCUACACUCUCAGAUAUCGGUGAAGGCACUCGGAAUCGGGAAGCAUGUGGUCUGUGAUAAACCGAUGAGUCUCUUUCAAACGGACGCCCUCAAAAUGGUCCGUGCUUGCCAGUAUUAUCCGUCGUUGAUUUCCAUCGUGAAUCACUCUUUGCGUUUCUUGCCAGCCAUUGGGCACAUGAAGAAAGCUAUCCAGGAGGGCUAUCUAGGACCGCCGGAGCAGCUGUCGUUGAUUGAUGUUAAGGUCCGAAUGAGUUCGUUGUUUCAUAACAAGUUCGAUUGGUUGUGUGACGAGACAAUGGGAGGGGGAGUUCUCAAUUUAGUCGGCAGCCACGUGAUAGAUUUGGUGAAGUAUCUAACCGAACGGAAGGCUAUAAAAGUUCAUGGGACCGUUCGGACCUAUGUUAAGCACAUGGGCCAAAUAAAUGGUAUUCGUCAGAUCACCGCUCCGGACUUUUGUACCUUCCAGAUGGAGCUGGAAAGUGGAACCUUGGUGACGGUUAAUAUAAAUUGUCACGUUUCGAACAAUACCUUCCAUCAGGAGGUGGCCGUUUAUGGAGGAGAAGGUCACCUGACUGUGAGGGGAGGUGAUUUGGUUGGUCAUCGAACGACCGGUGAAGCUGGAUCCAUCAAGGAGGAAAUGCUGUACAUAGACGUGCAGGAUUUGCAAUUUUCAACAUCGGAAACGACGCUGCCGAGGCCUUAUGUGAAAGGUCUCUGCAAGAUGGUUGGUGCUUUGAGAGACGCUUUCCAUCCGAACAAAGAGUCCGCCGGGUGGAUUAAGGAACCCGUUCAGGCGGCUGCCACCUUCGAGGAUGGCCUCUACGUUCAGGCGGUGCUGGAUGCGGUUCGGAAAUCCAGUGAGGAUCGAUGCUGGACUAAGGUAAAUGUUUGCACCGAAUCUCCCACGAAUCAGAAAUUUUUAUCCGCGGCCAGGAUGACAUCUGCGACUGCCCUUCACUGAAAGGAGCCAGAUGUAAUCGGCAGAGCAGUAUUAGCUAAACGUGAAGAUGUCGAUAUGUUUUCCUUGCAUUUGAGAAUCCUAAUAUUUUUACAGAUUAUUUUUUUGCUAUUUUUAUAACUAUCUAUAACUAUUAUUUUCACAGUUUUUGUGCUUAUUAAUAUUGUAUCUUUUUAUUCACGGCUUUUUGGAACAAGUACCAUAUUUAAACACUUGAA